AUGGACUCAGCCAACCUGCCGCUGUUCUGGAUAUGGUCGCUGUGGGCCUUCAGUCCUCACCCGAGCUGGGUCUGCGGCCAGCAACCCACGCAACCCCACUCCAUCAGGAUCGAAGGGGACAUCACGCUAGGCGGGCUGUUCCCCGUGCAUGCCCGUGGCCCGGCCGGAGUGCCGUGCGGGGAUGUGAAGAAGGAGAAGGGGAUCCAUCGGAUGGAGGCCAUGCUCUACGCUCUGGACCAGAUCAACAGCGACCCCGACCUCCUUCCCAACAUGACCCUGGGGGCCCGCAUCCUGGAUACCUGCUCUCGGGACACCUACGCCUUGGAGCAGUCGCUGACCUUUGUCCAGGCGCUGAUCCAGAAGGAAACGUCCGACGUGCGCUGCUCCAAUGGCGAGCCGCCCAUCAUCUCCAGGCCCGAGCGCGUGGUGGCCGUCAUCGGGGCCUCGGCCAGCUCCGUCUCCAUCAUGGUGGCCAACGUCCUUCGCCUCUUUGCUAUCCCACAGAUCAGCUAUGCCUCCACCGCGCCUGAGCUCAGCGACAGCAACCGUUAUGACUACUUCUCCCGCGUGGUACCUCCCGACUCCUACCAGGCCCAAGCUAUGGUGGACAUAGUGAAGGCCCUCGGCUGGAAUUACGUCUCCACGCUGGCGUCUGAGGGGAACUACGGCGAGAGCGGCGUCGACGCCUUCGUGCAGAUCUCUCGCGAGGCGGGUGGCGUCUGCAUCGCCCAGUCCAUCAAAAUCCCCCGGGAACCCAAAGUGGGUGAGUUCGACAAACUCAUCAAGCGCUUGAUGGAGACCCCCAACGCCCGCGGCAUCAUAAUCUUCGCCAAUGAAGAUGACAUCAAGCGAGUGUUGGAAGCUUCGCGCCGUGCCAACUUGACCGGGCAGUUCUUGUGGGUGGGUUCCGACAGCUGGGGCUCCAAGCUCUCUCCCAUUGUGAAGCUGGAGGAUGUAGCCGAGGGAGCUGUGACCAUCUUACCCAAACGAGCCUCGAUUGAAGGAUUCGACCAGUACUUCACCACACGCUCCCUGGAGAACAACCGGCGCAACAUUUGGUUUGCCGAAUACUGGGAGGAGGAUUUCAGGUGCAAACUGACCCGGCCGGGGACGCAACCCGAAGAGGAGGCACGGAAGUGCACGGGAGAAGAGCGGAUUGGACGAGACUCAUCGUACGAGCAAGAGGGGAAGGUGCAGUUUGUGAUCGACGCCGUCUACGCCAUGGCCCACGCCCUGCACAACAUGCACAAGGACCUCUGCCCGGGCCAGAUCGGGGUGUGCGAAAAGAUGGACCCCAUUCACGGCCGCACACUGCUGCAGUACAUCCUCUCCGUCAACUUUAAUGGUAGUGCCGGAACACCCGUGAUGUUCAAUGAGAACGGGGACGCGCCUGGACGCUACGACAUUUUUCAGUAUCAGCUGACAAACACCUCAAUCCCUGGGUAUAAGGCCAUCGGGCAGUGGACGGAAUAUCUCCGCCUGAAUAUUGAGGACAUGCAGUGGUCUGGCGGCCAGAAAGAGAUCCCCAGUUCGGUCUGCAGCCUUCCCUGUAACUCAGGUGAACGGAAGAAGAUGGUCAAGGGGGUAGCCUGCUGUUGGCAUUGCGAGCUGUGCGACGGCUACCAGUACCAGCUGGAUGAGUUCACCUGCGAAAUGUGCCCCUUUGACAUGCGGCCCAACCUCAACCGCACGGCCUGUCGCCCAACGCCCAUCGUCAAGCUGGAAUGGAGUUCCCCCUGGGCCGUCCUGCCCCUCUUCUUAGCCAUUCUGGGUAUUCUCGGUACAGUCUUCAUUGUCAUCACCUUCAUCCGGUUCAACGACACGCCCAUCGUCCGGGCCUCGGGUCGCGAGCUGAGCUACGUCCUCCUCACCGGGAUCUUCCUCAUCUACUCCAUCACUUUCUUGAUGAUCGCGGAGCCCGGCGUCACCGUCUGCGCCUUUCGGCGCCUCUUCCUGGGCUUGGGCAUGGCCAUCAGCUAUUCAGCCCUGUUGACGAAAACCAACCGCAUCUACCGAAUUUUCGAGCAAGGCAAGAAGUCGGUGACCCCUCCCCGGUUCAUCAGCCCCACCUCCCAGCUGGCCAUCACUUUCAGCCUCAUGUCCAUCCAGAUCGUGAGCGUGGUCAUCUGGCUGGGGGUCCAGCCCCCCCACAGCAUCAUUGACUACGAAGAACAGCGUACGCCCAACCCCGAGUUCGCUCAGGGGGUGCUCAAAUGCGACAUGUCGGACUUGUCCAUCAUCUGCUGCCUCAGCUACAGUAUCCUCCUGAUGGUCACCUGCACCGUCUACGCGAUCAAGGCUCGCGGCGUGCCUGAGAACUUCAACGAGGCCAAGCCCAUUGGCUUCACCAUGUACACGACCUGCAUUGUCUGGCUGGCCUUCGUGCCCAUCUUCUUCGGCACCUCCCAAUCAGCAGACAAGAUCUACAUUCAGACUACGACGCUCACCGUCUCCAUGAGCCUGAGCGCCUCCGUGUCCCUCGGCAUGCUCUACGUGCCCAAGGUGUACAUCAUCCUCUUCCACCCGGAGCAGAACGUACAGAAACGCAAGCGCAGUUUCAAGGCAGCAGCCACAGCAGUCAACGCCUCCACGCGGCUCUCGCAGAAGGGCGCCCAGAACGGGGAGAGCAAAGACGAAAAGCCGGACAGCCUCCAGAAAGUGACCUACAUCAGCUACACAGAACUAACCAUGGUGCCCACAUGA